AUGCCCGACGGCGCAAACUCUCUGGCGUUUGCCCGCCGCGAAAGGUCUCCUUGGGCGCUGCGGUCCUCGCGCCCUUCUUCUUCCCCUCUCCCCCGGAGGAGAGGCAGCGCGCGCCCCGACUGCGAUCUCUCCGGCGAAGCUCCACAGUCCCACGGUCCGAGCAGGGUCCGGUACGCAGUAGCCACCCAACCGAACGGUGCCGUAGUUCCUCGGCCCUCUCGACUAACUGCCGCCGCUCCCUCCUCCUCCCUCUCGAAGCCCGCAGCAGCGACCGCCGCCGUUGCCCGGAGCGGCUUUGCGGAGGCCUUCGUCCGCCCACGCCCUCCCCUCCCGUGGCGUAGAGCGAAAGCGAAAGCCGGGUGUGGCCCCGCCCCGCUCGCUGCGGCUGGAGGGAGCAGCAGUGGAAGCUCGUUGUCAGGCUGCGGGUUGGGCGGCUCCGGUUCCGCGCUCCGGCUCCGCUGCCCCCACCCCGCCGUCCUUCGGAGUGCGAGGCUCAGCGCGGCGGAGAGCGGCUCCCCCACCCCCGGCUCGGACAUGCGGGCGCUGAGAGUCUGGUGGGUGCUGCUGGGCACCUUGGGCGUCGGUUCUGCUCAGUUGCUGUUUCAAAACUUCACAAGUGUUGUAGUAGACCAUUGUAAUUCAAGUGUCAUCUUACCUUGCAUAAUAACUAACCUAUUAAAAAACAGGACUCGAGAUAUGUUUGUAAAGUGGAAACUUGGCGGAAGCUAUUUUUUUGCUUUUAGUGGAUAUGAACAACCACCGUUAACUGUCAAAAACAGCACUUUUCAGUCUGCAGAACUUGCGUGUUUGCCAAAGCUCACCAUGGGCAUUGCUUCACUCUCUCUAUCAAAGGAAGAGGCAAUUCCAGGAAACUACAGCUGUGAAGUAACAGAAUCAAAUCGAGAAGGAGUAACUACAUUUGAACUUAAACAUGUAAAAGGACCCUGGUUUAAACCAGUGGAUAAUGUUCUCAUAAUUAUCACCAUGGUACUGGCUACUAUUUUUUAUUGGGCCCAGUUAGGUGUUGUUGCAACAAAAUACGAUAUCUCAUUCCUUAAGAAGAUCAGCUUAAUUAUUGCAGGACUAAUAGUCACAGUUGCUGCUGUGAUUGGCUGUAUUCUUUUAAUUCAAGAUGGAUUUGCAACAUCAAAUCAAACCGGGCUUGGCUUAAUUGUACUUCCUGCUGUCAUUUUAGUGCCCCUUCUCUAUAUUCUCUUAGACUCAGUUUUUGAGAAACCACCAUGCUUUGCAGUUAUGUUGCUUGUUUUGAAAGCUCUUGGAUAUGUAAUUGCUGUGAUUGGAUUUGCUAUGUCUGUGUCAGCAUGCCCCCCACAACAGGCUCCUGUCAUGGUUGCAGGCUUAGCAAUUAUUGAUCUUGUAGCAGUAAUUGCCUUAGUUUACGUGAUUAUUAUUGGUUCCAACUUUAAAGAUCAUCAACCUCCAAGGAAAGCUGUAGAAGAACCACUAAAUGAUGCAAAAGGAGUGAUGUUAGAAUGAUGCACCUGACGCGAGUUAAUUGAAUCUGAUAUGGACAUGGAAACAAGCAGAGAAAGACUUUUGUUCAUACACCGUGGCCUUGAAGAUGCACUACUCAAAGAAGAGAAAAUCAGGAAAUUUGUUGUUUUGCAUGUGUGGAAAAGUGCUGUAAUGAUUUACAUGAUGUAAUUUUAUAGUCACAGCAGCUGUAGUAAAGUUCAAAAGAGAAGUGACUGUUGUAUGCACAUGAGGCUUUAUCGUUUAGGGGGUGGAUGAGGGUAAGAAUACACUUCUUAUCCACUGUUACAGUUCUCUUUCGUGCUGCACUUCUCAGAAUGGUGUUGACUGCCACUUUGCAUAAAGACCAAAACUUCUUCAUAAGGGACCACUUUCGGAUAUCACAAUGUUGCAAGUUAGCUGCCUUCUGCUCUUGGCCAAAUUUUGUGUCAGUUAUACUAUUCCUCGUACAGACUGUCAUUUCCAGCCUCAAAUUGCAAAAAAAAUUGCAUAGCAGAAGUGCCAGAGGGAUGGGGAAGGAUUUCCUGUGGACUGUUUGCUCUGUUGUUUCUCCCCAAAUAUCUGUCCAGGGCCAGCUUAUUUCCUGCUCCACUUUAUAAUGCCUCACUAAUGUUUUCAGGUAAUCUGAAAAUUGGCCAAUGUCAGCCUUCUGUUUAGCAAAGGUCAAGCUAAGCAAGCAUUUGUAUGUCUGAAAGAACCUUAAUUUCAUGGGCCAGACUUCUGUGGGACCAUUUACGUAAAUCUUUGUACUGCAUGAUAAAUAAAAUGCUAGUAUUUUCUCUUUGAUUUUACUCCCUGUUCUUUAAAAACCAAUCCAGAUCCAACCUACCUUUUUACGUUUUUAUGACAAAUGCAGAAAUAGCAUUAGAAUAAGAGAACUCUUUAUAUGAGGUGUGUUCAUACCUGUAUGGUAUGAAUAAGAAUGGAUGUAACACAGGGUGAAUAAAUACUGUUCCUAGUAUAACAUUUUUACAAAUCUAUGGUAUUUAGCCUUUUCUAAGAGAGAUCUUUCCAGUUCUUUCAGAUGAUCACAUUAGUCCCUAUUCACCCACUUGCUGUUAGUAUUCCUGCUGUAUAUAUUGUAGUUCUGUGUGCGCUUUGGUGAUCAGUAUUUUAGUCUAAGUAACUUCUCUCUUUCCUAUUGUUUUAAUUAAAAUACACUUCACAACUAAGGGCCAAGUUAGUGUAAUGCUAAUUUUCAUAAAGCUGAGAAUCAUCCAGUAAGUAUUCUGCUAAUUAAAACAUCUUUCAUCCCUUCAGUUUGUAGUUACCAGAAAUACAUAACAUGGAAUCAAGAGCUGCUGUCUGUCAGACCAUUGGCUGGCCAACCUCCCAAAUUAGUGACAGUACUAAAAUUGAACUGAAUUCUCUGUGAUCUUGCCUUUUUGUUAUUUACAUGUGAACUAUAUAAUUCCUGUGCUUGCCUGGUUCUUAUGGAUGUUGUAAUAUUUUGCAUAGAGUCUCUUCUGCACAUGUUCCACUUCCUGCAAAAAAGCCUUGUCUGCUCCCCUGCUACUUUCAGAGUGAGAGUUCAAACACUGUACCUUUUGCAGGAACAACUGAAUUCUCUGAGCCAACCUGUUUUAUUUUUUUUUAACCAUAGCCUAUAGGAAUCUCCCUUUUGUAAAUAUGGGUCAGUUUCAUGGGAUGUGAUUCUUUUUUUGAGAGCUUUUCAGGGCAGACUUGACAGUCUGGAUUUUUCCCAUCAGUACUGGGGAAAAUUGUGCGUUUCAGUAGUCAGUUAUAGCCAGGGCUUUUUUUCAGUACCUCUUAAAAAUACCCACGUGACUGGUGGGUAGUGGGGCCCAAACUGGCCAGGAUCGGGUUGCUGCUGGGUGGGGGAGUACUUUCCCAUGUGGACAAUUUGGGCACAAUCCAGGCUGUUUCAGGCCUGUUUUGGCCCAAUUCAGGUCCGAAAUGGCCAGGAUCAGGCUGCUGCCAGGCAGGGGAAUGCUCUCCCAGCAGCAGUGAUGCAUUCCAGGCUGAUUUGGGCCCUCCGUGAAGCGCGGGAGUGCUCUCGGGGCUCCAUGGCCUUUGUGAUGACAUCACUUCUAGUGAUGUCCCAGGAGCACUUCCAGUGCGGUCCCAGGAGCAUGCGUACGUGCAAAGCGUGCACAUAUGGUACCUAGUGAGUUCCAUCACCUCUUUUCACAGAAAAAAGGUGGUGGAACUAAUCUAUAAAGGUUUUUUUGUUAUUUUAAAGCAGCUAGCCAGUUGUUGUCCGUUCCCUUCCCCAUAAGUGUGUCAUUAAAAAUAAUAAAAUGGCUGGUUUUGUAGGGUUUCUUUUGUAUCUAAAUGGCUUGGACUGCAGGUGCAAAAGACAACUCUUCAUCCACCACAUGGUUAUAACUGAACCAAGGUUCCAGGGCAGAGUGGGGAUUUUAUUCUUGUAUGAUGCUCUCACCACUACACCACUCUGGGUCCCACUCUUAACAGUGCAAUUCUAAGCAGAGUCUCUCCAGUCUAAGCUAGAUAUGAACAUGAACAGCAUUAUGAACAAAAAACAACAAACAGCCUAAUCUGCUGUUCUCGAACAAGCUGUUCAUGAGGCCCCAUCCUAAACGAACAGGUGGUCCUUGCAAACCUCGGCAGCCCAUCGGCAAUCCAGACAGUCUGGCACCUGCUGCAAUCAAUCCCCUAGGCAACCGGAGGAAAGGAGGGACUGAACUCUGUCUGAAGUCCUUCUGGCUUUCCUUCUGGCUUUAACCCUUCAAGGUACUUCCAGCAGAGAGUCCUGUUUUUGCCUCUGUGAAGAGAAAAUGACAGCCAACUGAGAGACCCAUGGAUCAUGCCUUUCCCGGGGUGCAAUCUCUCUGAAACUUGGAGGGUCUUCAGAGGACAGUGAGGACUAUGUCCCCUGCAAAUUUUGUGGGUAUUGGGCAUUGAGAAGGUCAGUUUGUGGGGUGUUUAAAGGGCCCUGCCCCUUGCAUGUGGCAGGAAAGGGCCCUUUAAACUAUCAGCUGGCAGGCAGCAGGGGGGAAUCCCCCCUGCUGCCUGCCAGCUGAUAGUUUAAAGGGAUCUUUAAAGGGCCAGGUAAGUGGGUUUGAGGGGAGGAGGGCUAAGUGGGGGGGUUGGGGGGGGGUCUGGCCCCCAUGAACAACGAACAUGUCCAGGAACAGUUCAUGUUCGUCCUUGUUCGUUGUUCAUGGAUGGCACCGAACGAUGAACAGGGUGUUCAGGGUUUUUUUUCCGUUCGUGCCUAUGUAUAGUCUAAACCCAUUGAUUUUAAUGAGCUUAGACGAGUAAUUCUGGUUAGGAUUGCACUGUACACAUACUAGAUUUAAGGCCUGAGAAUACUGCUACUGAUACUUUACUCAAUUAUUUUUAGACUGGAUAGAAUAGGUAAUGGCUCAUAUUUCUGCUAUAUGUUCAAAAUUAUUACUGACCGCUGGGGUAUGGUGCAGUUCAGUCCUCUAAAAAUAACAGAACAAGGUAGGAGUGGGUAAGUUGAAAGCUUAAUUCAUGAAUCUACUUGAAAAUAUGAGAUUCAUAAUUUUGGCCCUUUUAGUAAGCAUUCUUUAGUUUGUAUGAAUGGCAGGGGUAAGUGAUAAUCUUGUACGUUGGUAUCAGUAUUUCAGAAUGUUGAGAUCUUGGGUAUUUCUGCCAUUUAUGUGUGUGUUGCUGAGAUUAGGCUCACCACAAUCCUGAAUAAAAGAAAAAUUCAGUGGGUCAUAUGAAUUGGUAACCAGUCAGAGUUCCAUAGCAUUGUAGUAAAUCUGGUUCUUUGCCCGUGCAUCACAUUUCUGGUAUAUGCAGAAGAUUCUGGAAGAUGAGGAUUCAGCUGCUUCCUGAGAUGACUGUAUGAAAUUCAAAUCCAUUUAUUCUGUUUGCCUUGCAGAGUUACACAAUUUUGUUUAAAAUUUUAUAUUAAGGAAAGAUGCAAGAAAAAAAAUGUAUAUCCUGAAUGGUGAAGCAAAGUUCUUUUAUAUAAGCAGAAUAUUACCAAGACUUACACAAAGUCUUGAAUUUUGCACGUGUCCUUCAGAGAUAGUUACAGUAUAUAAAAGGGCUCUGCUAAAGAUUUCCUGUUGGUGCCAUUAAAAGUAGGUCUAGUUUUCUUAAAAGUUGCCAUUUAUUUUCCCUUAUGUUUUAAUAAACCAAAGUGGUUAUGGUUGUGUUAAUCAUCUUGUGAAUUCAGUUUCUGUAUAGAUAUAAAGCCAAAUUUCUCAUUAUUUGAACAUUUGAAAAAUCUUCCUUUCUUAACCUAAAUAGUGUUUUUAUUUAUUGAAUAUAGCUUUGUAAAUAGAACUAUAAUUCAAAUAAAACUGUUUUAAAUUU